AUGUCAUAUAAAAUUUCAUUAGUAGGUUUGGAGGGUAGUGGAAAGACCACAUUAGCUAAGGUGUUGAAUGAUCAGCAUCAAAUAAACAAUAUACCUUUGGAAGUCAAUGAAGAUAUGCCAAAUUCAGAUGUGAUGAUCUUCUGUUUGGAUGGAAGCAACAUGCAACAGUUGCAUCAUAGUAAAGCAGCAUUAGAGUAAAUAAAUGGCAAGGAAUAAUUAAUUAUCUUGCAAACAAAAGCAGACAUUCAGACUAUUGAAGAGGGAGAAUUGAGAAAUUUCUUGGGUGUUGGGGAGGUGCCAAUCCUACCAAUUUCUGCCAUAAAUGGAGAUGGAUUACCUUAAUUACUCACUUUGUUAAGUUAAUAGGUAUAACCAACACAAUAGAACUUUUCAGCAGAACCAAGAGUAGUACCUAGUAGAGGAAAAUAUAGAAUAAACGAAUAAAAUCAAAUAUCAAAGCCGAUGCAGACUUUUCAAAAUUUAAUGAAGGAUCACAAAAUCAAGUAACGUACUCCUAUGGAAUAAGAAUAGGAAUAUAUACGUUUGGAGAAAGAGCGUAUUAAAGUAGAGAAUAUGUCAGCUUAAUUGAAUAAUUUUAAAAGGAAACUAAAAAAAGAAGACACUUAUGAUAUUAAAGCAACAGCCAAUCCAAGAAUACAAGUCAAUUUGGAAUUCUUUUUAACAGACACUCUAGCUCAAUGUGAAUAAUAAAAAAAUACUCUUUCCACUCAAACUGAUAAAUUGUAAAAGAAACCUGAGGAUCCUCCUUUCAUUCCCAAGAAAACAGGAAUAGAUGCUGCCACUUAAGUAGAGGAUUAUGAACUAUUCGAUUUUGAUAGAGAAGUGACUCCAAUUCUGAAUGUUAUUUGCACAAAGACUUUAGAAUAAGCCUGUUUAGAAAUAGAAUAAGAAGAGGAAUUCCUGGCUAUGUAUAGAUUUAAGGAGGCAUUCGAGAAGAGAAGAGUUAAUGAUAAAACUAAAUAGCAAGUCACAGUGGAGAGAGAAAAACAAUUGAUUGAUUAAAAGACUGAGGUGUUGAAAAAGUACUCCUAGAAAUAGGAGAGAAUGCAAAAGGUCAUCUUCAAAGCCUAGGCUCAUGCAAUAGCCAAAGAAUAUUUGAAACCCUUGUAAGGAUAGAUAAUGCAACAAGUAAUCUCAAGUGGAUUUUAUCCCAAUGAAUUCAUGAAUCAAUUAUAAACAAUGUUCAUGGACUAUUUAGUUGGGAAGACUCAAGAAGAAGUCAUAAAACUGGUUGAUCUUAAUAAUUCAAUGAAAACAGCAUUUAAUGUUACUAAUUUCGAAAAAAUUCCAAAAGUCAGAAAGCCAUACGAUUAGUAAAUACAAAAGAAAAAGGAUAGGUAGGCAUUGAGAAUGAUCAAUUACUCAAACUAAAGAGCAAUUCGUAUCUUCUAUUAGGACUUGGUUCCUCUUUAGAGUGUUGUUUCAAUGACAUUGCCUAAAUUCUUGGAUGGGUCUUUUGAUGAGUGGAAGAGGACUUACGAUCAGAGAGUGGCUGAAUUGGAAUAGAAGGCUGAGAAUAAUGAAAUAAAUGAGGAAGACUUUGCAAAUCAAAAAAGAGCUGAAUAUCCUGAUUUGUAGGAAGGAUACUUUGGAGCAUCAGUGAAUAAUUUUACUAGAUUCGCAUUUUCAAUGGCCCAUGAUUAAUAUUACUUAACGAGUGAUAAACGAUUACAAAUAGUUGCAUAUGUGUUAAGGAAAGAUGGAACAUAUGAGAUUGUAAAUCAAGAAUCCAAAAAUUAUGGAAAAGUAUUUAAAUGGAAAAAAUUUAGAUUACCAAUUAAAUAAACUGAUGAUGAGGCAUUGUUAUUAAGGUUGCAAGAAUUGGAUUCCGAAAUCAUCGCAAUAGUUUUUGGAUUGCUAUUGCCAAAUUUAUAAAAUAACAUCAAGGCUUUGGAAUGGGUGUAAAAUGCUAGAUUUGGUUUGUAUGAUGCAUAAUAUUGUAUUCCGUUUGCUCAAACCAAUGUAAAUAAGGCAUUUAAAUUAGAAGAACUUGUGAAAUAAGUUGACGAUCCAGAAUUAGCUGAAGCACCUUAAACUGUGUUUAUGAGUUGUUUCACAUUGAUGAAGCGAUUCAAAUAAUUUGGCGGUUGGUACAUAGAAAAUACUCAAGCUGCCACUAAAGGCAUGCUAGAUUAAGAAAUCGAACCCUUUUAUGAGAAGCUUUCACAAUUUCUGAUUGAGAUGAAUGAGUUUACACUCGAGAGAGACAGAGAUUUCAUUUAAACUAUUCAAGACAAAGAGAAAGAAAGAGACACCAUCUUAACCAAUCAAGAAUUAUAAAUGAUAAUUACUAAAUCAAAAAUUCCCCAAUAAAAAAAAAUGCCCACAGAACCCAAUGUUACUGAUUCUGCUCUGCCCUCAGCGAGACCACUUGAAGAACCGUCCGAUUACACUAAAACUUAAUUCAAUUCCAUGAUCAUCGAACCAAUAAUACUGGAUAUGAGUGAUUCCUUUGAAACUGUGGAAUCCUAAUUGAUUAACCAUCUUACUAAUGUUGCUUAAAGGUUAGUGAACAGUUGUACAUGGGGAUUUGAGUUGAAGGCCAGAGGCAAUUCAUUCCUCAGAGUGAAAUAAUUAAUUAGAAUAAGGAGUGUUGGUGAAAUGACGAUUGUAAGAAAGCCAGAACCUCCUAAGGAAGAAGUUCCAGUGCAACAGGAGGAGAACAAGGACAAUGAUGAUAAUGAUAAUGAUUCCUGA